UAUUUCACCAAUUACAAUUAAUUUUUCCUCGUUGAUUUCUGUGUUACAACUUGUCUUAUAAUUUUCAUAGAUUAUACAGUUUCCUGUUACAACAUAAAUAUUUCUAUAUUUCAUACAAAAAAAAUUCUUUAUAUGAAUCAAUAUUUAUUUUAUAUUGUUAUUUUCAGAAUCAUCUAGCACCUAGUUAACUCAACUUGAUGAACUCGGGCAGUUAGAUCCAGCUUACUGUCCAAAUUGUAAAAAAAAAUGUACAAAGGUAAAACAAUGAACGAGCUAUUAGACUGGUGUUCGAUGCCAGAUCCGGCGAUUUGUCCAAAUAGCUGCGGUCACUUCUACAAAGGGAUCAACCGGAAAAAGUUGUUGCGCAGACACAUGGUUUACGAAUGCGGUACUCCAUCCAAGUUUGAAUGUCCCAUAUGCACAAAACGUUUUACAAGGAAAUCGAACAUGAAAACGCAUGUAUAUUCAGUGCACCGCACAAUUAUUACGCAUUAGUGCCAAACAACUGAUAAAAAUCUCUUUCUUGCCAUAUAAUUCUUUAGAUUUAAGUACAAAGAAUUUUCUUACGAUAAAAAUAUUACCAUUUAUGCACUCUGACAUCGUCUAUAACUCAAAGUUGAACUGACCUCUCAAAGUUAAUUUGUCCUUUCUACAAUUAUAUGAUAAUUAUACAUAUUAAAAUAAAUUAUUC